AUGGAUGAGAAGCGAGGAGGAAAACCGAGCAGGUUUGGAACGGACCGGUUGCCGCCACCCCCAAGGCCACCACCGUCCGCACGUCUCCCACCGCCACCCGGCCACCACCAUGCGAGGCGACUAGCGGCGGUGGCCCCUCCUCAUCCGACGAGGCAACGCGAUGGCAAUGCCUUGAAGGUAUGGUGGAAUUCACCGGAUGCCAAGAGGAAGAAGAGGGUGGCACGGUACAAGCUUUACGCCAUGGAAGGAAAGGUGAAGUCGUCUUUAAAGAAGAGUUGUCGUUGGGUCAAGCAAACUUGCUCCAGAAUCAUCCAUGGCUGUUGA